GGCAUGGCAGCUCCAUUUUGUGUGUGUGGCGGAAGAGAGGGCGAGGAGAAUGAAAUCAAAUUGAAUAAACCCAUACACUCCAUUCUAGUCAUUGCAAAUUUGUGUUGAGGUUUUCUUCUCUCGAUUUUUAAAUGAAUUGUUAGUGCGGGAACCAGAAAAGAAUCGAAAUCAAAAUAAAAUGGGCGCACAGAAGAAAAGGGUUUCAGAGGACCCCGACGAACUGGUGCGGGUUCCGUUGCAGGCCAUUCUCUUGGCUGAUAGUUUCACCACCAAGUUCAGACCUAUCACACUCGAACGCCCCAAAGUGCUGCUGCCGCUCGUGAAUGUUCCGAUGAUAAAUUACACGCUCACUUGGCUCGAAUCCGCUGGCGUCGAAGAUGUUUUCGUUUUCUGUUGUUCUCAUUCCAAGCAGGUCAUUAGCUACCUCGAGAAAUCUGAGUGGCUCUCUCAACCUAAUUUUACGGUGACGACUGUAGAGUCGCAGAAUUCUGUCAGCGCUGGAGAUGCGCUACGUGUAAUUUACGAGCGCAAUGUGAUACAUGGAGACUUUGUCCUUAUCAGUGGAGAUACUGUAAGCAAUAUGUCUCUUACUCAAGCACUUCUAGAGCAUAAAGAAAGGAAGAAGAAAGAUAGUAAUGCUGUAAUGACUAUGGUCAUUAAACGGUCAAAACCUAAUCCAGCUAUCCAUCAGUCUCGACUUGGUACUGAUGAGCUUUUCAUGGCCAUUGAUCCUAAUACCAAGCAACUUCUGUAUUAUGAGGAUAAGGCAGACCAAUCAAAAGGAAAACUACAUCUUGACAAGUCAUUGCUUUUUGAUAAUCCUUCACUCUCUCUGCAUCAUGACAAGCAGGAUUGUUACAUUGACAUCUGCUCACCUGAAGUCCUUAGCCUAUUUACAGACAAUUUUGAUUACCAACAUCUACGGCGUCAUUUUGUCAAGGGAUUGCUUGUUGAUGAUAUAAUGGGGUACAAAAUUUUUGUUCAUGAAAUCCACUCGGAUUAUGCUGCAAGGAUCGAUAAUUUCCGAGGCUACGACACCGUCAGCAAGGAUAUAAUUCAUCGAUGGACAUAUCCACUAGUGCCAGAUGUAAUGAAUUUUGGAAACACAGCUACUAAACUCGAACGGCAAGGAAUGUACCGUGCUUCGGAAAUAUCACAAUUGCAGUCUGCUGUUAUUGGCCCUUUCACUGUCAUAGGAUCUGACACCAAAAUUGGGAAUAACACUAAAAUUUCAAAUUCUGUUAUUGGUGAAGGAUGUAAAAUUGGGUCAAAUGUUAUCAUAGAGGGAUGCUAUAUAUGGGAUAACAUCAUCAUAGAAGAUGGCUGUAAACUCCAGCAUGCAAUUAUAUGUGAUGGGGUGACUAUAAAGUCGGGGGCUGUUCUGGAACCUGGUGUUAUUUUGUCUUUUAAGGUUGUAGUUGGGCCAGAAUUUGUUGUUCCUCCCUAUUCAAAGGUAUCUCUAUUUCAGCAGCCAAUUGAGGAAGAUAGCGACGAGGAGCUUGAAUAUGCUGAUAGUACUAGUGGUAUUGUUUAUUCUCCUGCUGUUAUUCUAGGUAUGGGUGGGGCUGGACAUGUGUGGUCAACAUGUGAAGGCAGCCAUGAAGAAGAGUGGAGGCAUUCGGUGGCGCCUAUUCCUAAAGAUAAAAUUCUGGAGGCAAUUAAAACUAUGGAAGAUGAUCUGGAGUUAACUCAUGAUGAUAGUUUUCUCCCACCUUCUGGAGAGCUGAAACCUAAUUCUAAUUAUUCAGAUGAUGAUGAUCAUGAAGAUUCUAGAGAUGACUCUUAUUACUUUGAUAAAGAGGUUGAAGCAACCUUUCUCAGGGCUGUGCAUGAAAACAUACAAGAAAGCCAUCUGAUCUUAGAGAUCAAUUCUUUGAAGUUGUCAUACAAUAAGCUAGCUGCUGAUUGUGCUGGAGCUGUAUUUUAUGCCAUGAUGAAGUAUGCUUUAGAUACCCCCCAUAGUUCAGCUGAUGGUUUGCUUCAAAAUGUUCAGGCUGUAUUUACAAAAUGGAAAAAGGCUCUUACAUCCUAUCUGACUGACAUAGAUGAGCAGAUUGAAGUAAUACUUAAAUUUGAAGAAAUGUGUGGGGAAUCUGCUAAGGAGUUUGCUCCAUUGUUCACAAGGAUUUUGCACUACUUGUAUAAUGAAGAUGUUUUAGAAGAAGAUGCUAUUUUGAGUUGGGAAGCCGAGUUAAAAGAUGCUGACGAGGCAGAUAAAGUUUUUGUUAAGCAGGCCCAAAAAUUAAUUCAGUGGCUAAAAGAGGCACCUGAAGAAGACGAUGAUGAAGAGGAAUAGAAAGGAUUUUUUAAGGUGCUUCAUCUCAGCCAAGCUUAAAAGGGGCUUGAGUGCAUUCAUCUAUCCUGUAAUUCAAAUGGGUAGUUAUUUUGACAUAUUUUUGUGCAUAUGAUGUGGGGGAAUUAGUCUAAGGAAAAUUUGAAAGCGUUAAAAAGAACGUAUCCCUCGAGUUUCAAGUUUGUUACAUCGUGUGAUCACUUACCUGUUAAUUUUUACCCACUCAGCAGGUUAAGUGGUAAAGGUUUUUAAAAUUAGUACUUUGAUUCCUUGAUCAGUGUUGUACUCUGGCUGUUGAAAUACUUGGGCAAAACUAUACUAAUUAUUAUUAGGGAUAAAUGUAAAAAAUUGCUCCAA